AUGCCAGGGUUCGGAAGACUUUUCAGCUCCCGAAACUCAUCAAAGGAUCGGUCCACGAAUUCGCGCACAGAGAACGUUAGUUCGUCUAACGACUUUUACGACGACACGCACCUGGGCUAUGGGGUUGAAAGUCGUGCGAGACCCAUAAUCGAAGAGCCUCCCGACGAGAACGAAGCGCAAAGCUCGGCGGGCGUGGACGCGUGGGACUACCCGGGACACCACCAUCGCGACUUACUGAACCGGGACGCGUUGAGUAUCUGGGGCGGCGAUAGCUUUAGUGAUCCAUUCUCUAUGAUGCGCAGCAUGAUGACGGAGAUGGACUCUGUUUUCCGCAACCUUGAUAGCCAUUUUGGGGCAUUCAGUACGUUCGAUAGCGUUCUUGCAGACACGUCUGAGCAUAGUUUCGCGCAGUCGACCCGAACCAUUCGACGCACAAGGCCGGACGGGAGCGUCUACGAGGAAACCGUAACCACGAGACGCGCCCCCGACGGCACCGUGGAGGAAACUCGCACCGUGCGUGACUCCAGCACUGGGGAGAACCGAACAAUCGCAAAUCGAGGAUUUGAAGCAAGAGCGCUUGAAAGCAAGACAGGCCAAGGACCUCGUAUAGAAGAGUGCCCGGACGGCGAAGAGCUCUAG